AUGAAGAUCACCAACUCGUAUCUAGUCUUCCUUGGCUUGGUAACUACCUGCACUACCCUAGAUGACUCAACAUGUCAGGUUACUAGGGAUUUUCUUUCUGGUUGGGACGACAACACUGGUGAUGGCAUCACCACUCCACGAGCUACGCAUGACGUAAACUUGGGCGCAGGCGGUUCGGCGGUCCAAGAGCCAAACGGAAAGAUUGAUUUCUUGAGAACAUUUGGCACCCACCCCAAUCCUACUCCCAGGCUAUCCUCCGAGAACUGGGGGGAAACUCUUUCUGGUGAUGUUCCUAACGAGUUUCACAGUGGAACGAAGCGUGUCAAUGCUAUGCCUUUUGAAACUCACUUUCCGACGUCACUGACCAAAAGGAGGAAACAAGACGAGAUACCAAAUCCACCGCAAACAAUCGACCUCAUGGAGUGCUUGGGAACGCAUGGAUCGCCAUGCUCCCCGAAAAACCUUGAUGAUAUCCUGCACGACGCGGUCGACGGUACGCCACGUGUUCCUAAUCGAGCGCAAGGCGAGCUAGACAACAUGAUCCUGGAGCGAGCGAGACAGCCUCCUACAACUGCUGUUCACGUAGAAAAUGCAAUGCAAGGUAACCCAACUAGCUUUCAACAGCCGGUUUUCGCUCGUGGGACCCCUCUCGUUCCGAAUCCGAAGUUGGAUAACUUGCUUUUCUCAAUGCCGUCUCUCUCCUUACAUAGGGCGGAACAAUUAGCAAAUGGAAGCCAAAAACGUCCAAUCCGUACUCCUGCUACUCACAUAAACAAAAAGAUGCAACUUCCAGCGCUCCGAAAGAGUCGAACACACAACACGUCUGAGGGGUGUUUAUUGCGUCCCGACCCCCAAAACACCGAUGUUUUUCCUGAAAACCGGAUAAUUGCCAACGAAUUGGCUUCCUGUGAAAACGAAAUUGUCGCAGAAACUGCUACAAAUCCUCAACGCACCAACGCUCUCGAAAGUCAACAUUCAAGCAGUCGUAAUCGUCAGUAUACGCGACUCGAAUUUACUCAUGAAGUACUUGGAAAACUUGACCCAUUAUCCGAAGAUCAAGAAAUAAUUGAUCAAAUCAAAGCUCUGGACCCACAUGAGAAGAAAGUUGUCAUUCAUGAAAACAACUACCAAGGCGCCAUGGACAUGUUCAGAAGGUGCGCCAGCAUUAUCAGACAACACGCGCCACAGUUCAGGGAGAAAUACGGAACAAACCAAACAUCAAGAUUACCGUAUAUCAGAGAUAAUUUCAACCUGCUAUGGCAAAAUUAUAAGCCAUGGAUUGGAUAUUGGAAUCAAAAAACUACACUCAAACUAGAAUUGGUUGACCCUUUUCACCAGAUGAAAAAGGAAAGAUUAUGCCUUAUCUUCCUAUUCUAUGCGGAGAUGAUUGAAAAAGUACUUCCCAAGAGCCAAGGGGUCUUAUUAGAUGACCAUAAUCAGAAUGUUCUUGAAGCUGCCUAUGAAUUUUUCCAAACAUGCUGGAUGGCCCAAGAUAAAAACAGAACUGGAAAGGAUGAGUAUAGCACAUCACUCUGGAAGAUCUUGCAUAUUUGGAUUGUCAAGUCAGGCAGAGACAAAGCUGAAAAAAUCUUCUUCAGGGAUGACUAUGACUCGACCAUGAUUCAGAUUUUCUUCAAUAAACUAUUUUGUCUUUCAAUUGAAAAUCUCACCAAGAAACUAUUAGAAGAAUAA